CUAAAUUCCCGAGCUGGAAUUCAAAGUUGGAUGACCGUUUAAAACGAUUUCUCAGUCGCAGCUCGUUUUUUCCGGACUUCUCAGUUGUCUUGAACGCUCUGGUGUCGGAAGACGGAGAACGCGGUAUUGGACAUCUCCGACCCCGAAUUCAGUGCGUUCAACACAACUGUGAACUAGGUGAAAAAACGAGCUCGACUUACAAGUCGGAAACUCGUGCUUCAUCCAUUGUAUGCCAGCAGGUCAAACGAACGACUAAAAUAAACGAGUCUCUCUGAAAAACUAAUCAUGGCUCUCAAGUCAACUGCACAUCAUGGUUGAUGCAUGCAACUUCUGCAGCAGAAUGCAGCCAGAUCUUACAACACCUGGAUGGUUGAUGCAAGCAACUUCUGAGCAGGGGAACACAACCAACAUCUCGACGGACCUUGGCGAGCCAAUCAAUCAAGUGCACCUGAUGUGUUAAUUUACCGUUAAUUUUUCUGAUAUGUCGGUGUCACUCUUCUAAUCUUAAAGUAAUUUCAGAUGGCUGGGGACAUAGCAGAAGCAAUUAGGUUGUUGGCGCAUCUCCGUGUCACAGAAUUACGUUCUCUAAUGGCUGCCAUGGGACAGACCAAGACUGGGCUGAAGUCCAAUCUGCUGGGGAGAGCUGUGGGGGUUAUACAGACCCAGUGCAAUCCCCACCUGCUCACAGUCGUGCGCCAACUCUACCAGGAACGCUACGCCGACCAGAUAGUUCCUGGCAGCAUCCGGACGACUCCAGGAAGCCACCAGGAGGAGCAGACCAUGGCACCGGUGGUGGAGACAUCACACAACCCCACACAGCACAUAAACAGUCUGACACACAACCCCACACAGCACAUAAACAGUCUGACACACAACCCCACACAGCACAUAAACAGUCUGACGCACGACCCCACACAGCACAUAAACAGUCUGACACACAACCCUAGAUUGUUCCAGAUGGUACCCCUUCCCUUCUACCAAGCCCUGGGGACAGUCCUACCACCCACACAACUGGUGGGAUCUUUCUUUUCCGACAUGCAAAACCAGGAGUUCAACCUCAUGCUAACGCCAAAGCAAGUGGAGCAGAACAGAAACUGCAAGGAGCUGCAACCAGGUGUGCCGAGUGUCCAGGUGGUUCUCAGAUUCUGCUUCACAGAGAGUCUUGGGUACGAGGAGGAUCAAUACCCACCAUGCCUGUCCAUCAAAGUUAAUCAGAAACACAUACCCUUACCGGAAAUUCACAGACACUGUACACCCAUCAACAUAACCCCAACAGUUUCUCUCAGCCUCCUCCCCUCAUUUCGUUUAUGUGUCUGGUGGAAGAGAUGUAGCAAAAGGUAUUCUGUGGCUGUGUACCUGGUGAAGGUGCUGUCCCCCUCAGACCUCCUCAGUCAACUGAAGAGCCAAUCAGUGGAGAGUCUGACAUUCUGCAGACAGCGCAUCCAAGAGAAGCUGCGUUUCGACCCAGAAUGUGAGGUGACCACAACAGGACUACAGGUGUCCCUUAUAUGUCCGCUGGGGAAGAUGCGUCUGUCAGUGCCCUGCAGGGGGCGUAAGUGCGGCCACCUCCAAUGCUUCGACGGGACGCUCUACCUGCAGAUGAAUGAGAAGAGGCCCACCUGGACCUGCCCAGUGUGUCACGAGCUAGUUCCGUACAGCCAGCUAACUAUCGAUGGGCUACUGACGGUGAUCCUGGCGUUGGAGGGCUUUCAGGACAAUACAGAGGUAGAAUACCUGGCUGACGGCUCUUGGAGGUUUGUUAUAGAUGGCGUGAGCAGGACAACACAGCCAUCGGCACCAUUGGAGAAGAUGGAGGCCUAUAGUGCUAGUAGUGUGACUGCAACCACCAGAGCCGUGUCAAAGGAAGUAGUCACUGUGGACCUUACUCAGGAGUCAUCCGAGGACGAGGCUGAUGAGGUCACAAAGGUGCGCCAUAACGAUGACCUCUCCGACAGGAACGGGUUUCAUGAAGUUGCUCAAGGUUCUGUAUGGUCAUCAAUGGUAAAUCCAUCACAGAGAUUAACAGUACAACACAUGUCGGCGCAGAGGUAAAAUGUGUGUUUGUUUACAGUUAACCUGGACACAGACCUUUCAAAAUAAAUAGCCUAAGAGGCAAUGGUUACUGAGCAGUUCCAAGAGUCUAGAAACGUAACUCACAAUUAUUGAGCACGGUUACAUGCACCCAAUACUACGAUUAUUGUGGAUAGCUAGAUUUAAUAUAAUAGUUUGUUUUAAAACGUUUAGGCCUACAUGCUUUGCAAGAACGAUUUCCCUAAUAAUCCUGUGUAGAUUGACGCAUCUGAAAUCGGGUAACCACAGUAACCAUGUUUUUUGUGAAGCCCGAGUUCGGACAUACAGUAUAAAGUGUGUAUGUGAAAACUAUUUCGAAGAUUGAAUAUUAUCCGUUUUUCCGAACUCGCUUCACUCGCGCAUUAUAGAGGAAGGGUUGCGCUACUGGUGCUGGCACAUGCACAAAUCAGAUGCAUUGCUGGAAUGUCAAUGAAAUAGUUUACAAGUCCUAAUAAUUCUGAAGAUUUGCUCUGAAAAGCAGGUGUUUUAUUGGUGUAAUCUUUCAUUUGGACCUGAAGCCAUUUUUAAGAUGAGAUAAUCCCUUUAAUAUCUAAUUAUUGUGCAUGUAAAUUUACUCAUGUUAAUAUGUAUUUAAUGCUUUUUUUGUAAUACCAAUUUCUAAUAAAAUUAUUUUCACCCUCCUAAAACAUGUUUUGAGUCAAGUUCAAGAUAUUGUGGAGGAGUAUAAUAAGAAUACAAUUGGUAGAUGGAUAGGCCUAGAUCAGGAGUUCUCAAACUUUAAUGGAAAGGAGCCCCUGGGCAAGGACCCCUGGGCGAGCUGCCAAUAUGGGGUGGCAGGGUAGCCUAGUGGUUAGAGGUUCAAAUCCCCGAGCUGACUAAUCUGUCGUUCUGCCCCUGAACAGGCAGUUAAACCCACUGUUCCUAGGCUGUCAUUGAAAAUAAGAAUUUGUUCUUAACUGACUUGCCUAGUUAAAUAAAGGUAAAAUAAUAUAUAUAAAUAAAAAAUAUGCUAGACAAUGACUACCAGUGCUGUAGGCUUGUGAGACGGGCAACGGCUAUAUUUGCAUAUUGAUGGAAAAAUAUGAUUGUUACCGCGGGUGCAUAGGAAAGACAGAAAUAGUAAUAAAAAUGUUACCCCAACAUGUGUAGGUAUAAUAAAAUCAAUAUUUAAUUUAGUGUAACAUGAAUGGGUAAACGUCUGUUGGAGAACCCCUGGCCUAGGUUGAUAAAUAUUUCAGGAUACAUAAUGGAAUUCUGUUGAAAUUUGGAGACAUUACCACGGUGGCUUAACACAGAUAUUUUUUUCUCCACUAACUCGAUUUGAGGUGGCAAAACAUAGAGAUUUCUGCGCAUGUGCGAGAUUUCUUUUUACGUAACUCGGUGCUCCGCAGACGCUUUGAUCAGCACUGAAUGACUGUCGGCUGCAUUCCAAACAUAGAUACACCCUCAAAUGAAGUAGACAACGGGAUUAUGACCUAUGACGAGUUGACACUUACAGGGCAAAGGAAGAAAUAAUUCAUUUUAAAUGGACCGCACUUGCCCAGAAAUGUCACUCGUUCGUCCCAUGGUUGUUUUCAGUCAUCAUGGAACCAUCCGGUAGCUGUGUGCUUUAUAUGCCCUACAGUCAAUUAUGAUUUCAUAUCUUGGCUAGAAGACAACUCAUCCGCAGACAUCGAAUGCUAUCCAUCUGACGAUAUCAGUUACAUCGAAAAUGAGUGUGCCCCGGAGUGAACAGAGUUGUACACGCAAACUCAGCAGGAGGUCUUACGUUGCCGACUUCCCUUGCUUGGCUUCCCCCAAGGGCAUAAGGCGAGGGAGGGGAGUCAAGCUACAUGCAACCAUUUAAGCUACUGGUUGUACCCAAAAUACAUGGAGAAAAAAAUCAGACAAAUGGGAAACGGAUCAAUCCACUCCACCCGGAACCAUCAAGCGUAGAGGUCCUUGUACAUUUUGGCCAAUUGUUUUCUGAAUAAAAUUUGAAAUUGCUUA